AGAGGCGGCGUCCAGCGGGCAGCGGGUCCAUGACGCUGGUGGGGCCUGGGGGCCACAGGCCAGCCCCGCCGAGCUGGGCAUCAGGCGGCCGCUGGGGGCCGUGAGCACACAGAGAGCUUCCCUGGCCCCUGUCGGGCUGUUCCCAAGAUGCCCACCAACGGCCUACACCAGGUGCUCAAGAUCCAGUUCGGCCUCGUCAACGACACUGACCGCUACCUGACGGCCGAGAGCUUCGGCUUCAAGGUCAACGCCUCCGCGCCCAGCCUCAAGAGGAAGCAGAUGUGGGUGCUAGAGCCCAUCCCGGGCCACAGCACGGCCGUCCUCCUCCGCAGCAGCCACCUGGGCCGCUACCUGUCGGCGGAGGAGGACGGGCGCGUGGCCUGCGAGGCGGAGCUGCCCACCCGCGACUGCUGCUUCUUGGUCCUGCCGCAGCCUGACGGGCGCUGGGCGCUGCAGUCGGAGCCCCACGGCCGCUUCUUCGGCGGCACCGAGGACCGGCUGUCGUGCUUUGCCACGGCCAUCUCGCCGGCCGAGCUGUGGACGGUGCACCUGGCCAUCCACCCGCAGGCCCACCUGCUGAGCGUGAGCAGGCGGCGCUACGCGCACCUGUGCCCGCAGGAGGACGAGAUCGCGGCCGACAGCAACACGCCGUGGGGGGUGGACGCGCUCAUCACCCUCAUCUUCCAGAACGGGCAGUACUGCCUGCGGUCCUGCGACAGCCGCUACCUGCGCAGCGACGGCCGCCUGGUCGGGGAGCCCGAGGCCCGGGCCCGCUACACGCUGGAGUUCAAGGCGGGCAAGCUGGCCUUCAAGGACUGUGACGGCCGCUACCUGGCGCCCGUGGGGCCCACCGGCACGCUCAGGGCGGGCCGCAACACCCGGCCCGGCAAAGACGAGCUAUUCGACCUGGAGGAGAGUCACCCGCAGGUGGUACUGGUGGCUGCCAACCACCGCUACGUGUCGGUGCGGCAAGGGGUCAACAUCUCAGCCAACCAAGAUGAAGAACUGGAUCACGAGACCUUCCUGAUGCAAAUUGACCGGGAGACAAAGAAGUGCACCUUCUAUUCCAGCACUGGGGGCUACUGGACCCUGGUCACUCACGGGGGUAUCCAGGCCACAGCCACACAAGUUUCGGCCAGCACCAUGUUUGAGAUGGAGUGGCGUGGCCGGCGGGUGGCCCUCAAGGCCAGUAAUGGGCGCUACGUGUGCAUGAAAAAGAAUGGGCAGCUGGCAGCCAUCAGCGACUUCGUGGGCCAGGACGAGGAGUUCAUCCUGAAGCUCAUCAACCGGCCCAUCCUGGUGCUGCGCGGCCUGGACGGCUUCGUGUGCCACCGCCGCGGGUCCAACCAGCUGGACACCAACCGCUCGGUGUACGACGUCUUCCACCUGAGCUUCAGCGACGGCGCCUACCAGAUCCGAGGCCGGGGCGGCGGGUUCUGGCACACGGGCAGCCACGGCAGCGUGUGCAGCGACGGCGAGCGGCCCGAGGACUUCCUCUUCGAGCUCCGCGAGCGCGGCCGCCUGGCCAUCCGCGCCCGGAGCGGCAAGUACCUGCGCGGCGGGGCCUCGGGGCUGCUGCGCGCGGACGCGGACGCGCCGGCCGGCGUCGCGCUCUGGGAGUACUGAGCGGCCGCGCCC